AGGCAUGCUGCUGGGCAACGGCCUGACGGUGCGGCACACCUUCAUAGACGUCGGUCCGCAUGGCGCCGGCGCGCACAAGCGCUCCGCCUCGUGGCCGCGCUCGACGGUGGACGUCGCCGCGGAGGAGGAGGACACCGACCCGCCCACGAGCGCCGCCGUGAGCCCCGCGGCGGCCGAGCAGCCGCCCCCCAAGCCGCGGUGGGCGGACCUCGAGUCGGAGGCCGAGAGCGUCCGCAGCACGGGCGGCCGGCCCUCGACCCCACAUGCCGCCCUCGCCGCAGGGCGGCAGGACACGCCGACGGCCCUCGAGAGAACGCGCUCCGCCCCCGCAUGGCCGACCACUGCCACGGGCGCCCGGCGCUACGUCCCUCCGCCCGCCCGUGCCUACGCACAGGGCGGCUGGGCCGGCGGAGCUGCCAGCAGCAUGGCGGCCGCCGCGGCGCCCCUGCCAGCGACCGCGGCCCCCUGGCACGCGCCCGCGGGCGCGGUAGCGGCCAUCGCAGGCCCGCCGCGGCAGCGCCGGCGCAGCGGGUAGGCUGGCGGUAGCGCCGGCGCGCCCUGAGGGGCGCGCGCUGCCACUCCAGGCGUUCCGGCUGGGUGGGGGGCUGAGGUGGCCUCACAGCCCAGCGUUUUUAUUCCCUUGCGAUAACGGG